AAGAUGACAAACAACUUUGGUCUCAUUGCGUUACUUAUUUCAUCACUAAAAUCGUCCUUAAGGUCGACAUACAAUACGACAUUGAUCAGUUACACUACCAAGCUGCUAAAUACCAUUUUAUUGAAUCAGGACAAGAAAUUCCGGCCAAUAAAUUCCGAUGCUUCUCCGGUAAGAGUUGAGAUCGACAUCAGCGUUCGUAGUAUGGGCCCAAUCUCUGAGCGAGACAUGGAAUUCUCCCUCGACUGUUAUUUUCGACAAAAAUGGCUUGAUCAGCGAUUGGCAUUCACGCCAAUAAAUCCGAACAAGCCGGUGAUGCCACUGGCCAGCAAGAUGCUCAAGGAUAUCUGGGUGCCCGACACAUAUAUCAGAAACGGGCGGAAAUCUUAUUUACAUACCCUAACGGUGCCGAAUGUUCUUUUCAGAGUGCGGUCCGAUGGGGAGGUUCAUGUCUCACAAAGGCUAACCAUCCGCACAAAAUGUCCGAUGUUUCUCAGGAAGUUUCCAAUGGACGUUCAGGCGUGUCCGAUAGAAAUCGGGUCACUUGGUUACUUCACGAAUGACGUCACCUACAAAUGGAAAGACGUCGAACUGGACGAGAAAAUGGGCAAUAUGCUGUCGCAGUACAAGAUUUUGAAUCUGUUCAAAACCGAACACAAUAUCAGCGAUUAUCAGCAGACUGAUAAGAAUAUCUCCAUUCUAAGGGUGUACUUCAAGCUACAACGUCAACAAGGUUACUACGUGCUACAGAUCUACACUCCAUGCACUUUAUUAGUGGUGAUGUCGUGGGUGUCGUUUUGGAUCAACAAAGAAGCAUCACCGGCACGAGUCGCACUGGGAAUUAUGACUGUACUGUCCAUGUCCACGUUAGGAUUCGGGUUGCGCACCGAUCUACCAAAGGUGUCGCAUUCGACCGCCCUUGACAUCUACAUAUUUUGUUUCGGUUUCGUGUUCGCAGCGAUGGUCGAGUAUGCUGUUAUAAACUACGCACAAAUAGUUUAUAUUCGAAAGCAAGUGCACGAUCUGAAGGGAUUGGAGUCAAAUCGGGCGGUGAGAUUGUUCUAUCGAAUGGCGGUCAAAGCGGCAAAAGCUAAGAAAAAACUGAAGAUGAGAGAUCCUGCUAAGGUUGUGAAUCGCAUAGACAACGUCUCGAAGGUGAUUUUUCCUUCUCUCUACGUGGCGUUCAAUGUGGUGUACUGGAUUGCGUUCCUGUACUGGAUACCCGAUGAGAUCGAUCAAAUCCUAGAAUUACCUGAAAAAGCAACCUAUACUUAA